AUGGUUGAUUUACUUGAGAGACGAGAUAUGGGAUUAGGUAUGAUAGGAUCAUUUGGAGGUAAGGAUAAUGAUUUCGAGAGAACUAUCAACAAACCUGCUAUUUUUAUUCAUGGAACAACGAUAAGAGCAGGAUUUUUCCUUCAAAGUAGAAAAUAUUUUAUGGAUAGAGGUUAUAAAUCUGGAGAAUUAUAUGCUACAACUUAUGGUGAUGGUGGUUUAACAACUUUUGGUUAUAAAACUAUGAAUUGUGAAGAUGUUAUUAAAAUUAGAGAUUUUAUUAAAGUUGUUUCUGAAUAUACUAAUAGUACAGUAAAUGUAUUAGGAUAUUCUAUGGGAACUCCAAUAACAAGAAAAGCAAUAUUAGGAGGAAAAUGUGUUGAUACUGGUGAAGAUCUUGGAGAACCAAUAACUCAUCUUGUUGAUACAUAUAUUGCUCUUGCUGGUGUAGCAUAUGGACUGGAAUCUUGUAAUUUUUUGGAAGAAGUUUAUCCAUCUUGUAAUUUAGUUAAUGGAAUGCAUUGCAAAUCAAGAUUUUUGAAUGAUUUAAAUAGUCAACCAGAAAAAUUUGAAGGUACUAAUACUCAUGCUAUUUAUAGUGAUCAAGAUUAUUUAAUUGGUAAAGAUUGUUGUGGUAAUAUUUGUCCCGAAUUAAAUCAUGCUAACAUGACUCAUAAAAGAAAUUUUAAUGAUCAUGGAACGAUAGUUUUCAAUAGUCUGGAUUUGCAAUAUAAAUUAUUUACGAAUAUUGAUGAAAAAGAGAACAGUUCAUUUAUCUUGUAA